UAAGAAACUUGUCAAACUUUCAAAAAUGAAGGACUGUGAGGUGCUGAAAAAAUGGUUGCACAGCAUCAAAAACCAUGUUUACUGGAGUGCGAUUUCCUCUGAGUCUGGGCCAGAAAAGGUGGCGAAGUGGAAUUCACUGCAGAACCACAUCCAAAAUGUACAUGUUCAUGAGAACCACCUCUUCCCCAAGUGUGAACACCCAGACAAAGUUUCCAGGGAUCCAAAAAAAUGGAUCCAACCAGGAUCAAUAGCGCUCCAUAAAGUGGAAAAGCUAUUAUACAACAAGAGAGUUCUCAAGGAUAUAGAAAAGCUCAGCCACAACUUUCAGACGUCAUCACUGGAGGCUUUCCACAGUCUGAUUUUGCGUUUUGCCCCAAAGAACGUGAUUUUCCCUUUCAUAGGAAUGUUGUGCAGGCUGUAUCUUGCAGCAAUGCACUAUAAUGAAAAUGCUAACCGUGAGCAGGCAACAACAACUGAAGGACAGGCUGUGUAUAAGAUCGUUUUUCCAAAGUCCAAAAAAGGGGAAUGCACAGCAAAGCCAGUGAAAAUAGAACCAACAUACAACUAUGUGGAUGACCUUAUGAGCCUUCUGUUACAUAAAGUCUUUGUGGACCCCAAGCCAUAUGCGGAAGAGCUGCAUGCAAUCCCCAUUCCACCUCCUCUGUCAUCACAGUAUGAAAAACCUUCCAAAGAAGAGGUGAUUGCCCAGCGUGUGUCACAAUUCAGUCGAGGGGUGGCCGGAACCCAACAUACUGUCCCGCUGGAUCAGGAAACUGUAGACGGAUCCGGUUAACAACACAUGAGGGGAUGACAACCCUCACACUACGUCCUAGGUAGCCCCAGCACCAGCUGACAAAGCUGCGAUAGGCCAGAUAACGG